UUGCUGUCAACAGUUCACAUGCGGAUAUGUAUUCGACUGUCCAGCGCAUGGACACACGGACAAUCUUACCCUUAACCACCACCACCACCACAUAUGCAGAAGACGUACAAGCCAGAGCGUUUGACAUGGACUUCACACAAGACAAGACCCGGGCUUCCGUGAAGUCGACCCCAAACCGGGGCUCCUAGGUCAUGACGCAUACGUAUACACAUCACAUGAAUCAGCCAAUCAGUCAGUCGGUCUUGUGCUGGGCGUCUGCCUUGCCCUUGGCCCCCUUCCUCUUGCCGCGAUAGUUGGCGAUGUUCUCGGCACGCUGCUCCUGAACGGUGAAAAGAACAUCACACAGACAGACAGGCACCCAUACAGGUGAGCACACUGGCUGCCUGGCUGGCGGGUUGCUUUUUGUGUGUCUGCGAGUCUACCUACCUGUCGUUCCUUCUUGCCCUCCUCCACGGCCUUCUUGCGGUCAGCCCUGAACACACACACACACACACACACACAUAUGUAGAGACAGGGAGGAAGGGAAGCACGCUCAUGGGCUGUGGUGUUAGUUGUGGGUGCACUGGUCGGGUGUGCCUCACCACUGCUGGCGGCUCUUCUCCUUCUUUUUCUCCUGGGCCUUUUGGCUCUUCUUCAGGCGACUCGCGUCAGUCUGAUGGCGACGGAAAAGGAGGGCGACAAGCACAGAGGCAAAUAGUGUGUUUCGUGGCCGUUCUGUGGGGCAAUGUCGUACCCGCACUUGUUCGCCUUGGGCCUUCUGCAUGGCCCGCUCCAUCGCCAACUCGGCCUCGCGACGCUGUCAGACACGACCGAGACACAGCGACGAAGAGGCGUAUCUUCAUUGAGUGGUCUGUGUAUCUAUCUGUGUGUGGGUUAUACACACACACACCUUCCUCUCCUCCACGUCCGUGAUGACCUCCAGCGCCUGACGCUCCUCACGAAUCUGACACACACAAGUCGCGACACAUACGUACAUGGCACCGGAUCCAGCACCAGAGCGCCAUGUGUGACGGACUUACCUUUUUGAGGUCUGCCUGGAUCUUUCUCUUCUUGCUGCCAGGGGCAUUUGGCUGAAUCACACACAUCAACACAUGAACGUACGUGUGUCGUGGCCGAUGCGUGUUGUGGGCAGAUGGCACCUUCCCUCACUCACCUCCAGCAGUGUGUGGUCGCUCUCUGCCACGGACUUCUUGAACACAAAAUCGCCGUACUCAAUGUCCUGAUGACAAAAGGCAUGCCAAAGGUGCGUAUACAGGAAGGCAUUAGCUCCUGCUUCUGACGGCCACCCACCUCUUUGAUGGCUCCAGCAGCAGCAGCAGCAGCAGGAGCCUUGCUCACUUGGCGCUGUUGUUGCUGGUUGGUGUCCACUUGAUCAAGCGCCUCCUUGGCUUGCUGCUCCCUCCUGUUGCGGCCCUUGCGGCCUCUCUUGGGCUCGUCCGCCUGUGCACCCGCAUCCAUCAUCACGACACAUUUGUGUUUCAUGUGUGUGGGGCUUGCCUGACCUUCCUGUCGGCCCUCUGCUUGCGCAGUACGGCAUGCAGCCGCUCCCUGAGCUCCUCACGAGACACCGAACCGCCACCACGAGCUGACAACGCACACACAGGCAUACGCGUACAGUACACACAAUACAAGCACAUCCACAUGAUGUCUGUGUGGGCUUCCCCGUCUGCCCGCCAUUCACUACCUCCGUGCAGCAUGGGUGCCACCCCACCACCAUCACCAUCACCACCCUCAUCCCGCUGCCUCUUCUUGCCAACCAAAGCAUCACCGUUCUGGUGCUGCUCGUCGUCGUCGAACUCAAACCCGCCCCCCUGCAGCGCCAACUGAUCCCUCUUGCCGUCGGUGGCGCGCUUCAUCUGUUCCUCUCUCUUCUCGGCCCUGGCGAUCUGUUUGAGGUCCUUCUGGCGCUGACGCUGGUCGGCCUCGACGCGCAGGCGGAUCUGCUCGGUGGUGGCCAGCAGUUGAGAGGGGUCAUACUGUAUCGAGGUGAUAGGAAAGGCGAGGGACAAUGAAUGACGGGCUGGGUGCUGUUGCUGCGUGGUUGCCUUCUGUCCCUUACGCGUUGUCGUUUGAGUGUGUUGCGGUCGUCCUUGUGUGCCUUCUUUGAUGACGCCUUCCCUCGGCUCACAUCAGAGCUCUGAAGCAUCACAUGCCGCAUGAAUGUGCUUGAGGCGGCGUCUGCGCGUGUGUGGGGUGAGCAUGAUCACACUCUCACCUCUUGGUUGUCUGUGCUCGUUCGCGAGAUGCUGCCACCGCCUUUGAUGUAGUGAUCUGCCGGGACGAGAUUCACAAAGGAAUCGAAGAACGUCAGCGUCUUGUACACAUCCACCAUACUCAUACGGGGAACAAGAAGACGCC